AUGAACCCGGAGCUGAGCAUGGACAGCAUGGGCGGUCUGCACGGCGGGAGCAGCCAUGAGCAGGAUGCCAUGAACAGCCACAGCCCCCACCAUCACCACCGCAGGAUCCACCACCACCACCAGGAGCGCUCCGCCAUGGUCUCCAGCAUGGCCUCCAUCCUGGACGGGGACUACCGGCCGGAGCUGUCCAUCCCCCUGCACCACGCCAUGAGCAUGCCCUGCGACAGCUCGCCCCCCGGCAUGGGCAUGAGCAGCACCUACACCACCCUGACCCCGCUGCAGCCACUGCCGCCCAUCUCCACCGUGUCAGACAAGUUCCACCAUCACCACCACCCGCACCACCACCACCACCACCACCAGCGGCUCUCCGCCAACGUCAGUGGCUCCUUCACCCUCAUGAGGGAUGACAGGGGGAUCCCGGGCAUGAACAACCUGUACAGCCCUUACAAGGACAUGACUGGCAUGGGGCAGAGCUUGUCCCCCCUCACGGGCUCCCCGCUGGGGAAUGGUCUGGGGUCCAUCCAUAACACCCAACAAAGUCUCCAUAACUAUGGACCUCCUGGCCAUGAGAAGAUGCUCAGUCCAAAUUUUGAUGCCCACCACACUGCCAUGCUGGCAAGGGGGGACCAGCACCUCUCCAGGGGUCUGGGGACCCCCCCUGCCUCCAUGAUGUCUCACAUCAAUGGGAUGCAUCACCCUGGGCACCCUGGCCAUGCUCAAUCUCACGGGCCUGUGUUGUCCUCCAACCGUGAAAGGCCACCCUCCUCCUCCUCUGGAUCUCAGAUGAACACCUCUGGACAGCUGGAAGAGAUAAACACCAAAGAAGUUGCUCAGAGGAUCACUGCAGAGCUGAAAAGAUACAGUAUCCCCCAGGCUAUCUUUGCCCAGAGGGUGCUGUGUCGGUCACAGGGUACCCUUUCAGACCUACUAAGGAACCCAAAACCUUGGAGUAAACUGAAAUCUGGGAGGGAGACCUUCAGGAGAAUGUGGAAAUGGUUACAAGAGCCUGAGUUCCAGAGGAUGUCAGCACUCAGGCUAGCAGGUGAGUUACAGGGUGGCUUACUUACCAUGUCCUUCAGGAAACCCUUCUCAUACCUGAAAUCAAUAUAUUUUAUCUGACAUCAUUGUGGUUUGAGUGUUAGGAGAGGAGCACGAUUUACCUAUAAAAUUAUUCUUUAACACACUAAUUCAUGUUUUGUGGUGAGUCCUUUAGUGUUUUGUCACUUGCUGUCUGUAAAAUUGAACAUUCUUUGUUUAAAAAUAAGAAGAGAACGCUGACAAAUCUUUCCUUUGUCAACAAAAAUAUUCCUCAUUUUCUGAAAUGCAGCAUUCUAUUGGUAAAAUCUGUUGGCAAAGCACUUGAGGUUUGGGUCAUUUUCAUGCACUGCUUGAUGGCUUUGGAACUCAAGUGUGAGCACAUUGGAUUCCUUCAUCUAGAAAGUGUAUAUUAUCUUAAAAUAGGAGGCUUUUUUUUUGUGAACGUAACGGUGUUGAAAUUCUUUUUAUAUUAUUUUUAAGAAGUCACACAUGAUUGUCGUGUGCAUGAGCACAAAAUUGGUUUACAGACACCUGAAAAUCAGAGAAAACAAUCGAUUUUAGGAUUCUGCACUGUACAUUGUUCCUUUUUUAUUGUGGCUUUAUUUGCUCCCCUCUAGUGGUUGUAAAGUGGAUUGAUUGUGUCUUUUGUUCUGAUGUGGUAUGCUGGCCUCACCAGUAUUAACCAAAAUAUCAGAUAUAUAAAAAUAAUUUUUCUUUUACGGAUAGAGUUUUGUGAGUGUCAGCAUAUGUAUUGGUUAGAUUUAUAUAACAAAGCAUUUUCUGUUAAAUUACAAACAUGCUAAAAAAAUUGGGUGUAGUUCACAGAGCAAAUGAUUUCUAGUAUUGAAAAUAAUUAUUCUUUUCUUAAGUAAUCUCACAGAGCUUGCAUUUGUUAUUAACUAUUUGGACAAUGAAUACAAUUCCUGAUGUGAGUGAAUUAUCAGAUGGACAAAAGAAUUGUACACUCUAGAUAGCAGGUCUUAUGAUGCACCCAAUACACAAUGUCAAACAACCCUUUAAAAUGACACUUGGCUAUAGCUGCAAACUAAGACUGUAAAAUCAACAUUUACCAAUUUUCAUUCUACCGUUUACAGCAUGGUGAUCCUGACUGUUGUUUCCUUGUGAUAAAAUAGUCAUUAUUGGUUAUUGAUUAAGUUAACCCUUUGUCAUCUGAUGUGGUGCAUGUUACUCCUGCACUUCAGGGAUAAUAGUAAAGCGGUCCAAUGGCCACUUCAGUGCAUAUUCUUUUAAACUGUAUGCAUUCAGUUGAAAGAGGCUUUAUUAUUUUUCUUUGUUCCAUAUAUAGUAGCAAUUUAUAUUUUGUUGUCACAAAUGCAUUUACUGUAGAGUACUGAUUUACAGAGUAAUGUGUCUUGCACAGCCUCAUAAAAUGCAACAUCUUGCUUCUGCAAUUUUGUGUAUGGUAGGAAAAGAAGAUUUUGUUGUGGGCCACUUGAAAUUUUAAACACACAAUACCUUUCUUUUUGCACUUAAUUAUUGGACUGUAAAGUGAAGCCCGUGGAUUGAAAAGGAAAAUGGCCAGCAAUGUAUGCUGGUCACGUAGAAAGUCAGCACAGAGUAGAGACUUGCUAUGUGCUUCUGAUUUUAAUCAUUUGGAACAAAUUAAUAUCGAUACAAUAUUUAAAGCACAUUUUACUAGCUGAAAAUGUCCUGUGUUACUGCUAAACAUGUAGACAAUUAUUGUCUCAAGUGAUCGCACAAUUUGCAAUAUAUGCACAGAUCCUGAAUGGGCAUAUUAGAGACAUAAUUACAUUAUAUUAUUAACCCUUUAUUUUCAUAAACUCCAACUGCAUCUCAUAGACCGGUCAGUUAAUAUGGGUAUUCUGUAGUACAAUUAAAUUGCAUUUUAUGUAAUAAGGAGGAGCUGGACAUGGUCAGAGAAGAGCAUUGUGUGCUGGUUUAGCUACAGGGAAUUAAGAGAGAGUAGAAGCCAUUUCUAUGAAUUAUUGAUAGAAAUCUCAGAUCUGGAGAGACCAGUGUCACUUGCUUUGAGUUAAACAGGCACAAUCCUGCAGUGUGGGGGUCUGCAGAUCAGACACUGUUCUGUAAAGCCCCCAAGCUGAGAGACUCUUGCAAGGUGAGAGAUGUUUAGAUACAGAGCUGUCCUGGGCACUCAUGAUAAAUCUCUUUUGUUCUGGCUCCUUUACAGUCUGUAUCUUCCAGGAGUAAAAUCCCCAGUAUGCAAUGAUUUAUACACAAUGUACAGAGAACUAAUGAUUUUUAUAUAGAUAGAUAUAUUGUUUGCAAGUGCAAAGCAAAACAUUAACUAAUAUAUAAACAAAUCAGACAAAAACAUGCACACUGGAAGGUUCUUCAAAUACGAAAUGAAAAUGAAAGUACUAAUAUUUAAUGUUUAUAUAUUUAUAAAUGGUAACAUUAUUGAGACACCCAUAUCUAUCUAUCUAUCUAUCUAUCCAUCCAUCCAUCCAUCCAUCCAUGGUAGUACAUUUUGACAUUUUGUGUGAUUGAUUUUUCUUAGAUGGAAAUGUUGAAUAUGUAUUUUUUUAUCGAGUGAUCUAGCUGUCAUAACAUUACAAUGCACCUUGUUUUGCGGUUUCUCUUCUGAAUACAUGCCUAUAAUUAUACCAUAAAGGCAUGCUCUUUUUCUUUUCUGGAUAUUCUGAAAGGUACUGGUUCUUGAUCUAUGUAUUUAUUCCAUUCUGGAAGAUCUACAAGUUUAUUGUCCUGAAGGGAACUCCACUUCUUCUGUUCUCAUUGUUAAGCCCCCACCACCAAAAGCCUGACCGCUUCAUGAAGUUAGGUGUCAUUGUCCUUAAACCUUGUUUGCCUCAUGACUGUGUGAUCACUAGCAUUUUAGUAAAAUGAUUUAUAAAUUAUUUCAAAUAUCCAGUUUAGAUUGCAAGCUUGUUGGAACAGGGUCGUCUUCACCUCUUGUCUUUUGUUUAUAUUCUGUAUGUAAAUAACUUGUUGUAAAAUAUACCCAUUCUAUAAUUGUAAAAUACUGCGGAAUAUGUUGGCGCUAUAUAAAUGAUGAUAACAAUAAGUUUAACUCAACAUAAUGAAUGCUGGCCUUUUUUUAAUUUUUAAUUAUAUUAAUUGCCAUUGUUUUUAUAGUAUAAUAUACACCUUUUCUGUGUACUAGGGCACUUAUUGUCAAAUAGUUCAUUCAAGUAUUCUGAGUGUAAGUGGUUUGAAUGUGUGUGUAUGUGUGUUUAGAGUGUUCACACAUUGCUUCAGUUUCAUUACUGCCAAAGCAGAAUAUAUAUAUUUUUUUUGUGUUAAUUUCAUGAAAGAUCAAAUGGAUAUCCUGUAUGGGCAAAAAUACAUUUGAAAAAGGACACUGUUGGAAUUACAAGGGAAUGGCUGAUAUUUUUUUCCUUUUUUUUUACAGUAAGCAUUGUAUUCCCCCACAUGUUCAGCUUGUUGGGCUGAAUAUAUAAAUAAUUAAAUAUUUUGCCGCUUGACAUUACCAUUGAAACCCCCUAUGGAUCACUAACAGCUUUUUAAUAUGCGUUAGUGCGGGGGUCUCUUUAAAUAUAGGUCAGUGUAGCGGGAGCAAAUCGGCACACAAUGGCCAGUGAAUUAUAGGGGUUCCACAUUUGUCGCGGUAUUUAAUCUGUGGGAUUUAAUGUGUCCUGCGUCUUUCGUGAUUUUUACAAAUUACAUUUUCCGCAUAAAUCAAUGUUGUUGCUUCUUAGAGUUCCGCUGCCCUCCACGUACUUGGAGAUGUUGGAUGAUUUGUAUUUUUUUUAUGUAAAAUAUGAAGGUUGUAUUAUCCGUUAUAUUUGCUAUGCAUGUAUUUAAAAUUAAUUGAUUAUACUCGCACAUAUGUGUGUCUGUGUAUAACGCACCAUAUUCUACUUUGUUAAAAUGAUUAGAUAUUUGGAUGUUUGUCUUUUAGUAGUUACGGUGUUUAUUUAAUGUGUUUGAAUUUGAAUGAGCUACACCUUUCCGAUAUUCUUCGCCCUGAUGUACAUUGACAUUAAGAGCAGUGUAAACCCCAGACUAAUUUCCAUAAUCAGGAAUAUUUAGGCGGGGGGGGGAUGUGUCUACCCUCUCACUGUCAGAAUCUCACACAUUCUAUAUAUGGUGCCAAUCGAUCCACACAAUGUUCGGAAGAUUAAAAGAGCACUAAUUCUACGAGCAAUAUUACAAAUGUGUGGACCCAGUUUCGAUUGAUCUGGAAAGCGAUCUGCCUUGUUUCCAGUAAAGCAAGAUGCAUUUCCAGCAUGAAAACUCCUCCUCUGCCCCCCUCCCCCACUUGUCUCUUUUUCUCCUCCUGUCCCAGGACAUCUCCAAUUCUCUGGGAUCAAUUUGUUGAAUAAGCAGAUUGGGAGAGAUAAUUGCUCCAACGUGGCAUUUCCUCUUUUCUCCUGAAUUCAUGUUCCUAUCACACACAAAGAUAUGUAGCACUAUGACAAUAAAGCAGUCUGCCGCCCUUAGGAGUCCUACACAAUUUGGUUUUAGUAUUAUACGAUGACAGUUGUGCUACACUGAAAAGUCCAAUGUCCAAAGUUCACGUUUAUUCAUGGUUACUUUCAGAACUUCACUUGACAAACUUUAUACAACGCUCUACAAAAAUAUCUUUACGUACUAUAGCCAAGGCUUAUUCUCUGCCACAGAAAUAACCUCAUGUGCUAUGACCCAAACCUCAUUGCGUCCUACAGAAAUAGGUACACAAGCUAAGAGAAUAUCCUUUACAUGUCCUACAGAAAUAUCUGUAUCUCCUUUAACCAGGCCUUACGACUUGCCAUGCAGAAACAUCUGUGUGUGCUAUACAUUGUAUUGUAUACCCUAGAAGUAUCUUUAUAUACUAUAAUAGUUAAUCCCACAGAAACCAUAGGAUCAUAGGCUAUAUCAAAUGUAUAUAGGCUAGUAAUACAAACGUACAUGAUAUAUACAUAUAUAUAAAACAUUAUUAAAUAACAUUUAUUUUUACAAUAUAAAUACAUGUUAUAACCAAGUUUCAAAAUGUGUUAUACAGCAAUUCCACUGAAUGCCCCCAACAGGCCUUUAAUAAAGCCCUAUAGACCUCUAUGAACAAAUUUAUUUUCACACAAAGAAUUAAAGUAAUUUUCUGAGAUAGGUGAAAUUACAUGGAGCAUAAUAUCCUCUGCUUUAUGAGUAAACGUAAAAAAUAAAAAUAGAAAAUCAAUUUUCUUCCUGUCUCUCUGUCUGUCUAUAUAUACAUACCCAAACCCCAAGUAUAAAACACUCAUCUUUAUUAAACUUACCGGUAUUAAAUUAAAGGUGGGUGGCCUUUAUUCAAAUCUAAAAGCAAUAAAGAAAUGCAUACAAAAUACAUGUUUGAUAAAUGUUUGCUGGUAUUUUAUACCCAUGAUGAGCAGUGAUCUGUUGACUGUAUUCCUGAACUUUAUUAUCAUUAUUUUCAAAGUAUUUAGCCAGCAAUAAUACAUUUGGCCUUGUUGAUUUACAGGUGUAAAUAGGUAAAACUAGUAUGUUUUAAUACCUAUUUUCCAGUAAAAUAUAAUUCUUCCUAGCCUUGUAUAUGACCUUUUUAAAACACUUUUGUUUAUAAAUAAUAGACAUAGAACUAAUACAACCAUUAUUAUUAGAAACAAGACAAUCCUGCUUAAACAAGCUCCAUCGUUUAAUAAUGCGGGUACCAACAUUCAUAUACAUAUUGAAAAAGAUGAAAAUGUGUAUUAGAUCAUUGAUAUUUAAAAGGGGAAUGUAAAGGCCAUUCUUGAGAGCCAGGCAUAUUGUUUUCAUGGUUGUUGCAUGUAGCAAUUACUAAAUCUGUGGCCCCUAUACCGAAAUUGAGUAGUAUGAAGUGGCCAGGCAUGUUAUUCUCAGAAAUUAUUGAGAAUUUCUUGUUCUAUGUAAGACUGGCACUAAGCUGGAAAAUAUGUUCAUGUAAACGCAAAUUAGAAUCAAUGAUGUACUGUAUAUGGGAGAAAUAGGGUCUUUGCAUAGCAGGAACCAAGUUAUAAACUAUAGUAAAAAGCUGCUUCUUAAUACGUUUGCAUAAGGAUAAGAGCCUAAGAGAAUAUUUUCUUUUUUUUGCUAAAAUGUGGCUUUAUGAUUCUGCAGUAAGACAAGCUCCGUCCUGCAACGAGUCUACGCAGAGCUCAGCGUUGGAGCUCAAUGUGCAGGCUUUGAAUCUCUUGUAUCCUGCAGCGAGGUGUGUUUAUCUGUAAAGAAUACAGCUUGAUGCUGCUACAGUCUGUUCUAGUGUGUUGUGCAACAUGAUUGGUUGAAUGUAUGAGGUUCGUUGAAUGCAAAGAAAUCCUUGCCCAUUGGCCUUUGCUGAUUAAAUAUUUGUAUUUUCUGCAAGGUAGAAGUUAAAAUGAUCUCAAAUUCUGUAGCUAUAACGGUUUUAUUGCUAUAUGAAGAAUGUUGGAAAAUUCCAAUCUAAUAAUUGCAGUUAGGUAAUUCUUCAUUCCAUUGUUAGCGACAUUCUGCGUUGUUUGGUUUAAUUCUAUAGCUACCAGAGCUGAAAUAUGAUGUGUGUGUGUGUGUGUGUGUUUAUGUGCAAUGAAAUCAGGAGACUUAAUGGGGAAUCCCAAUUCAUGUAGAUAUUCUAUGAAAGUAAUUCAAUAAAACUUGCAAAAAUUUUAGUUAUUUCAUGUAGUGUCAGACUAAAUAUACUAAGGUCAUGAAAUAUCAUGAAAUCCCAAUUUUCCUUAUAAGAAAAGUGUUUUAUAUAGCUUUCAUAGAUCAUUUCAUGUUUCUUGAUUUGAAUUAUUAAAUAAAUAAAGACACAGAGGGCAGUGUAAAAGGCACAAAUAACGUGUCUACAAUAUGUUGGAUCUUUGUAAAUAUUCAAUAGUGGUUUGGUAGAUUUUAACUGAAUUAAGAUAAGUAUGUAUACAAAUAUACACACAGAGACCUAUAAUAUGGCAGAAAAGAAACUAUAUAUGCAGCCUUUCAACAAAUGGUAUGUUAUUUUCUUUACUGUAACACUAAUAGAAUAAAUCUGGCAUUACAACUUUAGUACUCUUUAUCAUACGUAUAUAUUUUAACGUAUCCACUCACUAUCAUAUAAAACAAGCGCACCCUCUCUAAUUGAGGUCAUGGAGAAAGGCAGGCUUUGUGUAGGCUAUAAAGACCGUAAGAUAAUUUAAUCAGGCCUGGACUUUGCCUUUCCUAAUCAAAUAUAGAUAUUUUCCCUCACAGGGGAUGGACGAAUAUAUAUAUAUAUAUAUAUAUAUAUAAAAAGAGUUUUUGUGUUUGUCUUUGCAAGCGAUUUUACAACUCACAAAGGAUACUGAAAGGGUUAAAAAAAAAUGCAAUUAGCUGAUCAAUAGUUGGUAUUUUUUUUAAUGAAGAAUCUUUAUGUCCGGGAAUUCUGUAUUGGGAUUUCUGUAUACCGUGAUAGCACAUGUGCCAUUUUUUUAUUUACAGUCAUAAGAAUGGAUUGUAAGCUCUUUGGGACAGUCACGAUUCCUUGGUUACAGAGCAGGUGGGAGGUGCCAAGGUAACACAAGAGGGUGAAUUGUGUUGGCAAUGGGAGGGCUAGCCUGUUAUUGAGGGUUGUAAACACAUAUUCAUUGAUUUACAUUUGUCAGAGAAGAAAGUUAACGCACUGAAUAGAAACAGUUAGCAUUUUAUGCAGGGCGAGGGAAACCUUUCCUAUUGAUCUUAUUGAUGUUUUCUAUCCCUUUUACAAAACCACACAGUUAAAGACCCCUUGUGCUCAAUAGAUUUACCUCUCCUGCUAAAGACACUCACUUUAACUGGUGUAAUGUUGUAAGAGCUCAUUCCAAAGGCUUAGAUACAGGCAAUUGAUACUGAAUUGCAUGGCAGACUGAUCCACGCAUUUAACUUUAAAAAGAAAAAAGAGAAAAUGUAACUAUUUUCAUAAGGUAUAAUAUUAAAUAAAGAAACUAAGAAUUAUUCAAUAUUAUUAAAUCUGUUGUCUCGAAACACAAAAUUGUAUUCUGUUCGAUUUCAUGCCACAAAGCAGUAAUGAAAACUAUCUUAAAUAAAACAAAAUAUAUAUUUUUGUGAAAUUAUGUAUUUGCACACAUAAUUUAAAAAUAAUUAACAGAUGUCAUUAUAGUUUCAGAUUGAAACCUAGACUUUAUAUCUAUCGGGGGCACUACAAAGAGAAUUAUGCUAAAUAAAAAUUGUUCACAUUUGUGUGUCUUGAAGUGCAAUUAUUAUAAUUUAGAAAACAAAAUAUUACUCUUCAUAUAUAUAUUAUAUUUUUAUGGAGAAUUCUGUGCCUUGUAAGUUUUGGUUUGUUUGUUAGUUUUUUUAAAAACUCCAUUUUAUUUAGUUAAAUAACAUUUAAAAAAACCUCUUAUAUUCUUAUUGAGACACCCCUGUGCUCUCAUAUAUAUUUAUACUUAUUCAAAGUGAUAUUUGCUAUUGUGAGAUUUUGUAUUUAGGAUGGGUGUUCUUUAUAAAGCAUUCUAAGGCCACAUUCUAAAAAUGGAACAAUCCAUUACACCAGUUUUACACCUUUGUCCCAAUAUAUAUGGCUUUUAUUUAAGAUACACUUCUGUUUGUAAAUAAAAUAUCGCCGCACUAUUAAAUUUACGAUACAUUAUUUAAAUGGGGCUAAAUAUUCAUAAGCACAGUGAUAAUUCGUUAUUCUUGUGUAAGAAAAGUAACCAGAACUUUUGAAAAUAAUGUUUUAGAGACAGACAGGUGUAUAAAGGACAACUUGGUGAAAAACGUUUCAGAUGCUCAAUAACAAAUUAUUUAACGUUUAAUAGAUUUGAUCGACAAAACGUAUACAACAUUUUAUUUAUAUCAAAGUAAAUGGAAAUUAAGAAGGAGAUGCUUGUAAAAACAAACAAAACAAAUAAUUGUAUGAAUAUUGUUAAAAUGGCAGGCAGUCUGUAGAGGAGUGUAUAGGAGUUGCAUGGUACCUGGUGGGCCUCUGGAUGAAAUAUUUCUUCUUUAAGUAUGGGACACAGUAUUUAACUUUGGCCUUUUCCUGUCACUUUUCGAGUGCCACCAACGCAUUACUAGUGGGUAGGUUUGCUUCAUUUGUCCUCCUUUUUGUACCCAGGACUGCCCAUUAGCUUGCUAACAAAGUAUUACUUUACUUUACCACUUCACCAUUAAGCUGAUGCAUAACUGACCUGAUUUAGCUUUGAUACAGGAUAUCAUAAGACAUCGCCAGGGACAAAUGUUGGGAAAGCCAUGACUUAAUCAGGACUCUGUCACUAAAAAUAAAAUAAACAUUUGGUAAUUCAAUCACAAUUAAAACUUUUUUUUUUUUACAUUUAUUUUUAUUAUAGAACCAUCAUCUCCUGCACAUAUAUAUAUAUUCUUUUUAAGGUGGACAAAGUCUACUAUAAACCAUGAUAUUAUUUUUAUUAUUUAUAUAUACCAAUUUCUGAAUAAAAGCACAUAAAAGAGAGCAUAUGUUAGUGUUUGUUUCUUUAUCAUAUAUAUUUUUUAAAAUUUUUAUUAUUUUCUUUAAUGUUGCUAUAGGUAGUAUUUCUUUCCAUUUACUCCUGGACUGGAAAAUACAAUGGAGGUGCACAACAUUUAUUAUUUCCCCCAUUACACAGUUAAACAUCUUAUUCAGAAGGAAUACAUAUUUGUAAUAUUUGUUAUUUUUAUUUGUAUAUUAUAUUAUACUUUUCUAAAAUCUAAUACUUCCAUAAGUGAAUGUGCUUAAAUACUCUUUCUCAUAUUCUUUUUAUAUUAAGUACGACAUAAUAUUAUUCAUUUAUUUGUUUAAUACUAAUGGACAUUAUAUAUAGGAAGUGAGAAUUCGAAGUGAAUUUCUAAUUUAAGGCCAGAUUACCUGGUCUGCAAACAUAGCUGACAUUGAGAAUUUCUCUAGUUUGGUUAGUUUGACGUGAAAUUUGAAAUUCACUUGGAAUUGUAGUAAAUAACCUUAUGCAUCUUCUGCACAUAAACAUGUAUACAAAAGAAAUCAGUAUGUUAAAGAUUUAAUGUUUAUUGAUUUUUUUUUUUAACUGCAUCUUUACUGGGGAUUUUAGCAGAACUCCAACAGUUUGUGUGUAUUUUGUUUUGUUUUUGGUUUGUUCAUUCUGCACACAUUUAUAAGGAGCAUAUAUGUCCUGUAAUCAUGUAUUUAUGUUUAUAUAUUUCUUACAUGUAUUGCUACACUAUGUAGACUUUAUGAUUUUGUUUAUCUCGCUCUAAUUGCGCCGGUCUUUUUAUAGAAUAUAAAUAUGAUUCAUUCUUAUGCAAUAAUAGGUGACUGUUUGUUUUACUGAGUUCAAAGGGCAGAGUUCAUUUUGGGUUGUUUGUAUUCUGUACACACUUAAAUUCUCCUGAAAUAUAUUUUCCUGUAUAAUACGUCAUAUUAUUUUCUCAAUCCAAUAUUUAAUUUGCAAUCUCGAAUAUUUAUAUUUAUCAUAUAUGAAAGGGAGUACAGGUAUUUUUUAUUGUCUCCCUUUUAGCCUAUAAUAUAUCUAAUCAAUUUGUGAGAAUAAGACUAAGAAAGAAGAGACCCUUUCAAACAUUUUGCUUAUUGAUCCAUUUUCAUUACCAGAAGACAUUUUUUUUUAUAUGGUUGAAAUCAGAAUUCUCAAUAUAACCUAUUCUACUAAUUUGUGAUAUUUUUUAAUGGUUUUAGUCUUGUGUUUUGUUUUCUAUGUAACUGUAAGCGUAUCUUUUGGUUGUACGAUGUAUUGCAUGCAAACCUGUUUAGGAGGAGGAGUUUCUGUUCUUGGUUUUAGCCGCCAUACAGGGCCAGAUCAUUUGACCUUUCACUUCCCAUUCUCUGUGCCAAAUGCCAGAGUCUGUUGUUUGUGUAAAAAGCUUGUAGACCUCUACCUUUCCUUGCGACGCUGGUCUCUGCUGCAUCAGAAUGACAAGUGAACUAAUCUAUUUUUGUACAGAUCUGUCCCUGUAUAAAAUUGAAUUUUGUAAUUAUGGAAAAAAUGAAGCAAAUGAAAAAUGUAAACUCAGAAUGUUUAUUUUUAAAAUAUAUUUGAUGAGUUAAAUUACAUAAAUAGAUUUAUGAGUGUAUUAAUAAAAUAUUUGGAAAAAGAAACGCAUGGAUUGAGAGAGAUGUGUGAUUUGUUGAAUCAAACCUGUCCUAUAAAAUACACACAUAUAUAUUUGUUUAUCAAAUGUGCAAUACCUACACAAAUUGUUAAAUGAAAUGCAAAAUCGAUUCUUCUGUUUAUACUUUCACACUACUUAUUGCUUUGGAUUUUCUAUCAUUCUUUUUCCUGUUUUGUGCAUAUAUAUCUACAUGUCUUUCCAUCUGUCAGUCUACCCUUUCAUCUGUAUGUCUUUCCUUAAUUCUAUCAGUCCGUUUCUCUACUCUCUACAUUUAUUAAUUUACCACCCUUAGUUGAUAUCGUUUGGUAAUAUUAAAGACAAGGUUUAAAAAGAGGAAUAAUGAUUUGGAACCUCAUAUCAUAUAAAAGGAAAUGCAUGAACAGGGUCUAACCCUCCCUGCCUAAUACAGUGUAAAUGGUAAAUAUUAACUUCUUAUUGACCAAUGCCUAACUAUUAGUUUUGAAGGAAGUAAAUUUCACUUGAACUCUUCAGAGUCCACAUUAAAACAAAAUCCCAUUCUCUCUAUUUCCCCCCCACCCCCCUUCUGUUAAUCCUAGUUGAUGGAUAUUUUAUAUAUCGUAGAAGGACAAUUCCAAACACUUGAUGAAAAGGACCUAGUUGUAUUCAUGUUAAUAUUAAAUGAAUACUGUACUGGUAUAACAUGCUUCUUCUAUCAUAUUAAUAUUAGUACAUGUUUGACAUGGUUUAUUAUUGUCUAUUCGCACAGAUUCUUAAUGCGACAAAAAUAUAUUCUGAUUGUAUGUUAAUUAAUGCAUGUUUGUGUGUUCACUAGUCAUCCUCUGUAUACUAAGGUUCAAAGAUCAGAAAUAUUUGACAGUAGAGAGUCUGGAUUAUUUCAUUUUUCUGAGAUUUUUAUAAUUACUUAUGCUGAAAAAUUUUCAGUGCGAAGAUGCCAUUUAGGCAAUUUUAAGGUGAUAUUUUCAAGAUUAAUGAGUUAAUCUUUAAAAUAUUUGACAUACUAAGGUACAAAUGUUACAGUAAUUUGACUAACAGUGGAAGGAGAGGGAAAUGAUGGUCAAACAAAACAGGAGUAUAUAUAGGAAAUGUUUAAAAUGAAAUGGUGCUAUUCCGGGGCAAAUUACUAAAUAAGGAGCAGUCACCAUGGAAACGAAUAGAACAUCUCUCAUCAUAUAUCACUUUGCACCCAAAGUAGCAACAGUUUUGCUCUUGAUAAAUCUCCCUGUGAUUUUUUUCUGAGCAUUAUUUAAUAUCUAUACAGUUUUCAUCAAUAUUCACAAAGCCAAAAAAGUUAUAAACGGUUCAUGGAAUGUUAACCCUGAAAAAUGCAGUUCCACCUUUGGUAUUUGGUAUAUAUGCAUAUCCUUGUUAAUGCUAUUAAUAUGGGAUCUAGCUAUCAAUCUUGGUACAUAAAUAAUGUAUUACAUAGGGUGAUCCCAGGGUUUAUGUGCUCAAAGGUCAAGGGAAUGGAAGGGUUGUAAAGCAGUACGGUCACCGUCUGGGGACUAUGCAUAAUUUACCAUGCCAUUUCUAGUGGUCAGGUGUGACAGAGAGAUUUUCUCACCUGAACCUGUCCCUCGCGGGUACCACCAUCAUCUGCUGUCCAGUCCUCCUCCACUCUUGGCGUUUUCAGCACAGGAGCCGACGUCACUGCUGUACCCUCACGCUUGCGCAAGACUAUAACAUUGAGGUCUAUGGAGGACCUGCGAGACCGCAGGAUCCUCCAUAAAUACAGCUGAUAUCUCUGCAGCCAUCACAAGUGACAGGUGGGAGAUUGACACUUCUAGAUGGUGAUAGCGCCACCAAGUGUCUAGUAGUGCCAGGUAUAGUCCCUACUUUGUCUCAGUCUAUCUUUUAACUGGGUUUUUAAUAUCAGUGAAGUUCCAAAACAGUCAGUAUGGGUAUUUCAUAAAGAUUUUAUCUUUAUAAAAUGCCAAUUUUUGGGGGGUGGGAGUGUGUGUUGUGGCAGGGGGGAGAGUAAUAGUGUCACUUUAAUAAGGGUAUGUUAAGGGAUGAUAAAUGGGGAUGCCCUGUUGAAGAACCAGGGUUUAGUUGACUGAAAACUGGGGUGGUUCUCUGCUCUGAUUGUGAGCUUGGAGGUUCCCAAGGAGAUGAUCAGAGGUUGAACUUUUUAAUGUGUGGUUGUUUUGUGCAGUGUCCUUUGUGCUAUGUGUAAAGAGCUUAAAGAAGUGGAUUGUUCCUUCACUGGCGUAGUUUGAACAGGUCAAUGGAUUUUUUUAUAAUUGAUAUGAAGGUAACUUGAUAGCAAAUCUUGAAUGCAGAAGGUGUUCUUGUCACCUAGGUAUAUGACGACAUGUAGAGUAAUGGUCCAUUUUAUUUAAUUUUUGCUGCUUCCCUUGUUUUAGACUUAUUCUUCAUAUAGAGUCCUUGGCAGUGCCUUGGUUGUGGUUUCGUGGAGGGGCAAUCUAAAGGACAUAACCUAUUGCAGUUUUGGUGGAGGAUGCAAGGUCCAUAACAUCUUUCAUAGUCUAGUAACUGGCUUUGUUCAUCUCAAUACAGGGGGUAUAGAAAAGGUCCACAUCCCUUAUGUAUGUGUAUUGUCUUUUCAGUGCUGUUAUAGGCAAGCAUUAGUGGCAUUAGCUGUGACUCUACUUUUGUUUGACUGUGACUCAUGUCACUCUAUUUGUCUAAGGUGUUGCAGUCCAUUACCCGAAAGGUCAUAAGUUGUUCAUAUUUCCCUAAGAAUUCUAGAAAUAGACUGAACACUCUGCAACUCACUCCCUUCCAGAGUUUAGCUCAAUAACUAUUGAAAUGUUUUUGUCUUAGUCCUCACCUGGGUGCACAGAGGUCAUUUGUUGAUGGCUAUAAAUGUGCUACACCAAAUGACACACUUUAUGUAAUAUCCACCGGAAAGAAGUCUAUCAAUUAUUUACAUUUCCUCAUUGCUGAAUCACACCGGGAGAAGAGAAGCGAUUAAGCUCGUUAGCACAUGAAAGACAUUUGUUACUAAUUUGUAGGAGAUGAAGCCACAACUAAUCACUGUAAUAUCAAUAGUCUAAUCAUUUAUAUUAUACAUUGCCGAAAGGAAUUAAUCUGCAACGGCGCAGUAAUGGAAGAAGCACAUAUGUAUCAAGGGAAAUGACGACAAGAUAAAUACAGGAUCUUCUCUGGAAAAAAAAACCCAUAACUCUGCAGUGAGAUCAAAAUGUACUACUGCACUACUGGAAAUCUUGACAAUAGUGCCAUCUACUGAUUUAACAUGGUCAUCAUUUUCAAAAUUCUCUCUUUUUUUUCCAGUAUAAAUGUUUUUUUUCCAGAAAGGAAUGGUACAGGGAUAACAAAACAAACUACACUGCUUACAAAUAUAGUAUUUGCAAUAAAGCUUCUGCACACAAAUCAGAUCAUUUGUUUAUAAUAUGUAAUAAAUAUACUUAUAUAGGUACAUGUGGCUGUUUUCUUAGAAUCUCUUUCAGAAAAUUAAAAAAUGUCGGUACCUUCCAGUAUUUGAUAUGAUGAUUAUUGUCUCUACAUGCACACUUUUCCCUUGUAUUAGUGGGCAAUACCCAUAGUUAGCAGUGCAGUUAGCGUGUAUGCAAUUUGUGUGGAGUUUUCUGACAAUUUCAGCACCAUGGACAGUAUCAUCCACCACAUUCUCUAUACUCAGACUCUAUAAUGCAGCGAUUCCUAACUUGUGAAUCAGGAUCAAAAUGGGACCACAUGCUGUUUUAAAGGGUCCCACUGGUUGUAUUCAUCAGACACCAAUCCACUAUUACAAAAAUGUUUUACUAUAGCAUUGAUGCUAUCCUCUGUGCAGUGCUGGCCUCUGCAAUACUAACUAGUGUCUAAUUAAAAGAUCUGUUAUGGAAUUUUAUUUUCGUAUGCAUUAUAUUGCAAGAACUAUUCACAUUUUUACAACAAAUAUGUGCACAAUGUGGAAAAUAGUCAAUCCGAAGCUCUAUACACCUCAAAGUGGUGUCCCCUCUACCACUUUAAAAUCAACAGUAUACAUACAAAAACAAGAUGGAGCUUCUUAAAAUGGCAAUGAAACAGAUAUUCUGGAAAAUAAAAUAUAAACAAUAGCGCAAUACAGUAGUGCAAAGGAAAUUGGAAAUGUAUACUGUAUACUAUGUAUAUGUAUACUAUGUAUAUGUAUACAUAUGUAUGUAUACUAUUCACAUUUUUAAUUGUGUGAUUAAAGAAUGGUCACCAUGUCAAUGCCAUGUACAUAAAAAAAGGAUAAGAACCCCGCUGAACAAAAUUUCUCGAAUAAAUCUUGCUUUAUUUAAAAAAAAAAAAAUGGUUAAGAACCACUGCCUUAGUGAUAUGUAUGCCACAUUUGUAACACUGACAGGUUCUACGGGCAGUUUUAGAAUAAUACUAGUAUAAUAACCAUGUCAGAGGCUAUAAGAUAAAUGAAUUACCUUACAUUCUGUUACAUGGGGGAAUAUGCUUUACUGUUCCGGAGAUGACUGAUCAAUGUAGUAAAAUAGAGAUUAAUAAUUCUUGAUGCUCAGCCAUUUCCUGGUAGCAUGAAAGCUAUGUGCACCGUUUUCGAUACUAUAAGCUGAUGUGUGGUCUGGUGGAAAGGGAUGUUGAAUAGGUCUGUGUGUUUUUAUUGAUGUGUGUUUGUGAUAUAGUUGACAUUGUUUAACAGGAGUUACAGUAAAUUGUGCUUUAAUGGAAAAAUGUAAGAGUUAGUGUAAAGUUUUUCUCAUAAGUAUGUGACAUUACAUGAGUGAUGCCUAGCCAUAACACUACAUAUGUUUGUGAAGCACAUUGUCACAAAGAAUGCCACUGGGCUAUGUGUAGCUUUUCACAGGUCUGAUUGUGUAAAGCUAGAUUGUGUAUGUGUAUAUUUGUGUAUGUGUAUAUGUAUAUUUAUGUGUGUGUGUGUGUGUGUGUAUAUAUAUAUAUAUAUAUAUAUAUAUAUAACUUCACAUUUUGCAGCCCUCACUGUCACAGGUGCCCUGUUCCAGGGCCCUAUUUAAACUUGUACUGCAGAGCCCCAGGAGGAAGCAUUUCCCAAGUGGAUUAAUCUCAUAAGAGCAGGCAUUAGGCUGCUAGAGUAGGACCUGCUAAGAAUGGGGUACAUUGACGUUGUUGCAGGCUUAUGCAAUGUAUAAUCAAUUACUGUAACUAAAGCCCCAUUAUGUGUGCCAAGAUUAGGUAUUUAAAAAAAAAAAAACAUUCUGUGAGCUUUGAUAUUGCCAUUUAGUAAAUGAGUGUACUGAAUCUUGUACAUUUGAUAUAAAUAUAUACUAUAUAUACAUAUAUACACAAGGUGAAAAUUCCCUCUUGCCUCUAGCCAUUGGCAAGUUCAAAUGUAGCAAGUAGAAAUUCACCCCAUGUGAGCAUAUGAUGACUUGCAGUGGCGAGUAAUUUUAAGUCCUGGCUAGUAGCGGUGUGUGCGUGUGUGUAUAUAUAUAUAUAGCACCAAAAAUAUGUCUAGUGCUGUAUAACUAGUAAACAAGACAAAUUUUCGGUGACACAAAAUAUCAACGUAUGAGAUGUACUAAAGAUGAGGAAGAUCUCUUUGUUAUACUCUAUGUGUUGUUUAUUCUCCCAUUAGCUCUCUGUCGGUAAUAAAUAUGGGAUAGAAAAAUCAGUCCCCAACUGCAGUUCCACUCAUGGACAUGGUGAAUGAACUGAUGGAAGCCAUAUCACUGUUUUGACCGCUGUGGCAUGAUUUUCUUAAACAAAAUGCUGAAAAAUAUAUGUAUGUCUAAAGUAACUUGUUUGAGUGGUUUCAUAUAAAGUGCUUUAAAAGUUUACUACACUUAUGUUCUUCAACUUUUUUCUGAAACAAAUUAGUCAUUUUAGUUUAGUUUAGCCAAAUCUCCCAUUUACUAACUGUUCUAGAAAAUCCUGAUAAUCAGUCCCUACCCUGCUUUUUGUAAAUAAAUAAAUAACUAAAGGCAGGCCAGUAAAUUGAAUGAAUGUGUUGUAUGUUGGAAUAAUUGUGUAAUUGCAGAAGGCAAUUUCGAAAAGAAGAAAAAAACUUGAUAAAAUGUGGGUUUAUUCUGAAAGUGAGACUGUAUUAUACUAAAAAAGUUUUUUUAUACAUAUAUAUAUAUAUAUAUAUAUAUAUAUAUAUAUAUAUCUAUAUAUAUAUAUAGGGAAAUACAGAUGUUGCUGAACUACAACUCACAUGAUUCUUUGAAUUACAUAGAUAGCCAGAGAAUCAUGGGAGUUGUAGUUGAGCAACAUCUGGGGGGCCAGAGUUUGAGGACCCCUGAUAUAAAGGGUCAUUACAAUGAAAUGCUGCCAUGUUGUAUUGAAUAAUUUUGUUAAACCAGGAUACCAAUUCCAUACGGAUCUACCAACAAAUUAUUUUAAAAGGUAUUAUUUUUGAAUCCCAUAAUUCUAAAAAGUAAAAACAAAAAUCUUACACAUAUACUAAUAAAAAAAAAAAAACCUUUUGUGUAGUUUGUUUGCAUUUUUAAUUAUAACAGUAAGACAUAAUUUGCCCUAAGAACAAAAUGUUUUGUAUUUUUGUAUUUUAAAAGAAGAAAAACUACCACAACAAGAGGACAUAGUCUUAAAUUAGAGGGACAAUGGUUUAAAAAUAAUAUCAGGAAGUAUUACUUUACUGAGAGGGUAGUGGAUGCAUGGAAUAGCCUUCCAGCUGAAGUGGUAGAGGUUAACACAGUAAAGGAGUUUAAGCAUGCGUGGGAUAGGCAUAAGGCUAUCCUAACUAUAAGAUAAGGCCAGGGACUAAUGAAAGUAUGUAGAAAUAUUGGGCAGACUAGAUGGGCCGAAUGGUUCUUAUCUGCCGUCACAUUCUAUGUUUCUAUAUUUGUGCUGCAUACCAAAUUUAUCAAAAACAGCAAAACUCUGAAAGGACAUACAGAAUCCAACAUAUUCUCUAUUUAAAUGUAAAAUGGAAAAGUUAAAUAUUAUUUGAGGUAUAUCGAUGGUAUCAAGAACAGAACAUUAACCUUUACUUGCUACCAUCAAAUUCUUUAUUUAUAUAAUGCAGCAGCUGACCGACUAAGGCCUUCUCUGAGGUAAAUUAUAUUUGUGAAUGAUGCAUGAUACAUGCUCUUCUAAAACUCAUAAUCUGUGUCAUAUUCACUGUAUUUCUUUUGUUAUAUUUAUUUUAACCCCUCCAGUACCAGGGUUAGCUUCUUUUACAUCAUGUCACUUCUAUUUCCAUUGUGACUUAUUGUCUUCUGACUGGUUUAAAGACAAUUACAUUUCUUGAACAUACUUUUAUUUUAGUGGUUCAUUGGAGAGACCACAGACUAGUUAUAAAAUGUAGGUGUAAGUAGACAUAUGCCAAAUUCUGUACCCAGAUUACUGUUUUGCGAAUAAACUUAAUAAGUGUUAUAUUGUUACAUGGAAGGUAAAAACCGCGCUCGUAUCUAGACCAGUUGACAAAUUCCGUACCCAGAAAUGACUGUUUAGCGAACAAACUCUUCGGUAACUCUUCAGUAAGUGAUUAAUAUUACAUGGAGGCAAAAACAGCACAGCUAUCUAUUUCUUUUGGGGUUUUUUUAAGAUGUAAUACAAUAUCAUUAAAAUUUUGGCAUGGUGGCCUAUAUCAUAUAAAUUAUUCAAAGUACAGAAAUCCCAGCCCCUCUACUCUGAUGUAUUUUUGUCAUUCCUUUAUCACAUCAUUAAUUUAACAUUGGAAGAACGGACUGUACCAGGCAGGGAGAGGAGAAACAAUCUGCUUCUUUUUGUCCCAGCUCAGUACGAAAGCUCAUUUAUGCAGCAAAUAACAUGGAACAAAGUCAUUACAGGAACAAACUCUGCGGAACAUUAUUGAACAUCUAAAGAAAUGCUUUGAGCAGCAACUAUCUUUUCUCAAAUGUAUGGAUUUUUAUGUUUGAACCUAUUUUGGUGAACUAGGAUGAAUCCCUUACAACUGAGAUUUACUCUGAGACUAAGGCACGUGAAAUCUUGCUAAAUGUUCUUUGCAUUUUCACUUUGCAGAACAGGAAAAAAUAAUCAAUGAAGUUGUAUAGCACCUUAAGGCAGACGGUGAUUUCAAUCAGUUUACUAAUUUUACCUGGCUGUUUAUUUUUAGAUUUUUGUUCCAUGUCUAUGUAUAAAAUGCUGGCAUCAUCCUCGCCACUUGCCAGUGUUCAUAUUGUCAUCAGUACCAAUAUGGCCAAUCCUUUAUCAGAUGCUCAGAAGCUGUAAUAACUGCACAGUUAUGUAAAUCUGACACAUGUUCAAUAAUAAAAAUGACUUUAGAGGUAACAUUACUCCUCAACAAACCUGCAAAUUGAAAUACAAUAGAACACAUAUUGCUUACACAUAUAUCGUUUACACAUUGCCGUAUGUACAUGUACAAUAGAAAGAUAUUGAACAUUUCACUAGUUAACCAUACUUUAUUUCCGACUGCUCAACCUAUCCAUGCAUCAUCAUAGAUGAUCUUAAAAUACAUAAUUUUACAUAACAUCUAAGUGAACUGACUGUACUUAUGUAUAUGGUAUAAAAAAGGGUAGUGCUUUAGUUUCAAGCAUCCUUAAUUACAGAUAUGAUAAAAAACAUAAUAUGAUGUUGGAAAAGUUCCUAUCUAGAAAAUAAGAAAUCCCUCGGAGAUCAGUACACCGUACAUAAAUUUAAUCACAGCGCCACUUGUGGAGUGUACCUUUUUUUUGCAGGGAGAGGCAUUUGCAAGUUCCAACGCAGAUUGUAUCAUAAAGAAAAACAUACUUCAAACAAAGAAGAAUGCCUCAAUCCACUUGAAAGGUAAAAACAAAUGAAUUUAUUAUUUAUUCGUGUACGUAACAUGGCUUUAACACACAGUAGGGAGCACUGGAUUCCCUAACGCAUUUCACUUGAUCAGAGACUGAUUUCUGAUAAGGUGCUGUCAAGGUCCAAAAAUGGUUUAAAGUGUGAAUCCAGAGCAGCCCACUGUGUGUUCAAGCCAUGUUAUGUACAUGAAUAAAAGGUAUGAUACAUUUGCUUUUACUAUUUAAGUGGACUGAAGUGUUCUUGUUAGUUUGAAGUCCUGUUUUCCUUUCAUACUGUUUCUAUCCACAAAUAUAAAACUGCCUAGUUAAAAAGAAAGAUUCUAAUGGUAGAACACUAGCAGACAAUCCACCUGGAAAACUAUACCUACUUAUAUUUCUCUCCUGUAAAAAUAUAACUGACUAAUUUAUAACAACGGAUUUUAUUGUUACUGUUUGUAAAAAAAAAAAUAUCCUGCUAAACUAUACAUUCUAAUUAAUGUAUGUAUGUAGUCCGUUUUUAAGUUAAAUAAGCCAUUGGAGAUGUAGUUGGAUUAAGUCUCCAACCAAACUUUCUAUUUCUCCACCUCUCAAACCAGGCAAAGAAGGGUUAUUUUCUCCAGCAUUGUACUAAUUGAGCAAUCAGAUUAGUUUAAUUACUCUUCUCUUUUACACAAUGGUAGCUAUCUAAUUGUAAUUUCUUUGCUGAAAUCAAUUCAAUUAAGCCUAUUUUUGUGUUUAAAGCAGAUCUGUUUGAUAGAUACUGUUGACUUAUAUAUGCAUUUACUCAGGUUGGCUCAUGUGUAUGCAGAAAAUAAGGUACAAAUUAGCUACAAGAGAACGCUUUCUGAACUUUACAGUCACUAUGCUAAACAUUUUUCGUUAAAUUUGGAUGAACUGUUUCGAUGCAAGUGAGGACUCUGCUUUUCCAGCAAUACAGAGGGAAGAUAUUAUACUUCUUCCUUUUUAGAAGGCAGAUGCUCUGUCAUGAUGGUAGCUUGUCACUCCACAUGUUGUAGAUUGUUGGUGACUGUGAUACUGUGCCAGUCAAACUGCAUCCUAGCAAAGCACCAUGGGAAAUUCAGCCUAGAUCAUCUGGACAACCAAUUGUUUGCAGUUACUGUAUAUUGGAUAUAGUGUGGGUAGUUGUAUGGGUUUAAAAACAUUGUAAUAAUGAUGUUGCGUUGCAAUGCAAUAUACUUCUCAGAUUAGUAAAUAAUUGUCACACUGACAGAGGUAGAUGUGACCUUCUGCUUUUUUGUUCAGGCAUAAUUUCAUGAACCAAUCACACGCAGUUGUUGUAGGAUACACAUUCUAUUACAACUAGGUAGGUAAGUGCCCUAGGAUGGUUAUUCUUGAAUAACACCAGUUAGGACAGUGAGAUGUAAUAGCUGUUGUUUUGUUACACCUCUAGAACCGUUCCAAUGGCGGGUACCGUAUAUCUAAGGUAAACUUAGAAAUGUAUGUAUGAUAAUGGCUGUAUCGGAGUAUAUGUUUGUGUUCAUGAAAUUGCAAGCAAAUGUAUGCAUUUGCUUCCUGAUCCUGUUUGUGGAUUAUACAAUGCCAAACAUUACAACCCAUAAUGCAUGUGUGCUACCUAAUCAUCCUGGGAUGUCACACUUAGUUUUGUAUGUCUGCAUUAAAGUGUGUUUGUAUUUAACGUUUGUACACAUAAUAAGCACAAUAAUAAGCACAAAAAUAACUUUAGUUUAAUGUUUGUUGUGUAGAUCAUAUACCUGCAGUUUCUCUGCCAUUAAGAGUUUAAUUACUUUGAUUAUGCAGCCUAAGCCACUCCUCUCCUGCAUGUGACGUACACAGUCUUCAUACACACUUCCUGAAAAGAGAGAUGUGAUUUGUAAACCUUAUUUAUUUCAAAGUGUACAGAUGCUCCUCACUUAACGACCUACCUACUUAACGACCGAGGAGUGCCUGUAUAAAUUAGAAAAUUCUUAUCUUUCGCUCAGAUAAUAGCCUGCUAGAGCCUUCAGGAUGCUCAUGUGUGUGAUUAAAGUUUAUUUAACAGAGCAGGUGAUAAGAACGUCUAGCAUAAACACACUGUGCUGUGAUUGAAUAUGAAAACAUCUUUUUUUUCAUGGAAAAUGUGUGUCACAGCCAGGGAUUAUGUGACUAGUGCUGCAAAACUAAAAGUGAUUUAACUCCUAAAUUGCAGAGCAAUAAGCAGUGAGACCACAGGCGCUUGAUAUAUAUACACCUAACGGUUUCAUUAACCUAAAGUUGUUUUGUUGCUUUGAUAUUCCUUUACCAUUUGUACCACUAUGCUAGCAGCAUUACAUUAUACUCCCCAACUGUUCCAGAUCUUGCAGGAUGGUCAUGAUUCCUGCAAUCUUAGAUGUUUCUUAAUAUUUCUGCAUUAGAGAAAAGUCACAGAACAAGGCAGCACAAGAGCAUCAUAAAAUGUGCUUGUGACUAUGCACCUUCCCAGAUAUUUCUACUCAUGAGAGAGAGCUCUCAAAGCACUAUGUGCACAGACAGCCCUGCAUGUCAGCCUAUUAAAAAAAAAUAUUCCAGCAAAUCCUUUUUCAAACAGUGUCCCUUUUAUGUAAGAGCCCAGAGUGAACACAGGAGCAACGUUUCGACCACUACAAUGGUCUUCGUCAAGCUUUGUCAAGCUCACCGUGGGACUUUAAAGGGACUAUGGAAUAUUUUUCUUUAUUUUGAAUACAUGUACUGGCUUUGGCGGAGACAGAAUCCGUUCACCCUAUGUGGCAGGUGUUGUACCCUUCAAUUUGUAUUUAACUUUAUGUAAGCUUGAUACUCGUGCUAUUCCUAAUGAUAUGCUGUCUUUCUGCGCACACUUACCUUCCUGAAGCAUCAGUGAUGCAUAUUGUGUCACUGGUACACCAUCUUUUCAGCCUCACCCCCUUUAUAAUACGCAGCGGUUCCAUAGAGUUUUAGUUUAAAGUCUCAUACUAAUAACUGUUGGCAGAAUAAGCAUGGUAAUUAAAAUGCAUGUCUUAUAAAGUGGCGCCAUGUCCAUUUUGUAACACAGCAACUUAUACUUUGCUGAAGUGUGCACACUAGCAUUUUUGUCAUUGUAAUUCUCGUUGCAACUGCCAAGUGCUGUGAUCCUGCUGAAUAAGACAUCCAUUGUCAUCGUAACUGUAUCUGUGAUGAUACCCUGCUCCCAGCUGGCAGUCACUGAAAGCAAUUACAGUAAAAUUGCAGCUUCUGCUUCAAAGUGUGACAUAUUUUCUACCAAUCAGUAUGACAGACCCACACAUGUAAUUUUGUGAGACCCUGAUCACAGCUGGGAAACUUGGAUCUAGUUCAGUGGAUACCACACCAUUUUGGUCUAUCCAACAGACUACAUCAAAAUCUCCCAUCUCCAGGACUCAAGCCAGAGGCAUCGCACAUGUUUUUUUGUAUCUUUGAUAAAAUCUAGUGUUUUGUUUUGUAUGAUACGCAUUAUAUAGCACCAUCCCUGGGCUUGAUUCUGAAACAUAAUUGGGAUCAAAUCUAACAUCCUUCCCAACAACCUGCAGAGAUAUAGUAUAGGCUAGCUUACUGAAUGCAAAGAGGGUGCACCUUGCAUUUUCCUGCAACGUUUAAAACAAAAUACUAACGCAUUCAAUUCUGAGGUGAUAGUAACUCUUGGCGUUCCAAGUGUUUUUGAAUCAUGUUACCCUAUUGACAAGCCUGCUAACACCUGGAGUGCCAAUGGUUAUUUAUAAUAGUAAUACUUUUAUCAAAGCUGCCUAUCUUCUUUACCAGCAACUGGAUGCACAGUGGGAAAUGUCUUUUCUGAUGUCAUGCAUGACCGACUUGUUUUACAAGACACCAUCCAGUGAACAGAAUAAAUGUCCUUGGAAUCAAAUUCUAGGCUGCGUGGCCUAUUGCUCAGAUUUAGUCCCCGUUGCUCCAGCUGAAAAGCCAGAAUACUACCGAUAGUGGAGAAUUGCUGAACUGUUUUUUAUUACAACUACACCUCACAGAUAUUAUAACAGUGGGCCCCGAUGCAAUUUAAUAAGGUGUCAAUGCUUUUAGAUAGGAGCUUAUAUCAUACGCUAGCAGUAUUACAGCAAUAUGUAGUUACCUAUUUUACAGAUAAAAUAAUGGUAUAACUAACGUAUGUAGGAAGAUCAUGAUAUUUAAAAAAAUGAAUCUUUACUGUCUAACUAUCUCUAUUUAUCUAUCUCUCUAUCUAUCAUCAUCCCAUGUUUAGGAAUUAAUAUGUUCUCAGGAAAUAUUAUUUUUCGAUAACAUUGAAGUUAGAUAAAUGCUGUGUGACAUCACUUUCAUGUGUUUCUGCUGUCAAUUAAAAAUGCUUUGCACGGUAACUGUUGAAUCAAUGUCAGUUAUUCAAUAAACAUACAUAGAAAAUUUUCAUGCAUGCACUCUAAGUAAAGAUGUCUAAAAAGAGCUGUGUCAUUGUCUAAGACAAAUCACUAUGCGGCAUGGCUUGUAUAUUCACUGAGAAGGAUGUUUUGUUCUGUGUGAAAUGCUUUAUGUAUAAAAAGUGUAGGGUAAGAUUAAAAUAGGUAUAUGGUUAGUGUUAAUGUAAGCAUAAGGGUAGAGUUGGGAUAGGGUUAGCAUUAACUAUCAAAAAUUAACUUAGGGCCCAGACAUAUGAGGCGUUUAACAAUCAGGACUGAAUCUAGAUGAAGUUGAAUAAUUUUUUUGUCCUUUAACAAUGUAUAAUAUGUAUUGGGGCACUUAAAAAGAACCUCUUAAAAUUGCAGUUGAAUAAACACUUUGCACAAAUUCUAGGGUUAGUUUCAGUUCAGAACUUGUAUAAUUACCUUAAGAGGACAUCAUUAAACUUCAUUCAGUAAACAUUAAGUACAUAUAAUGUCUAAUUACUAUAUUUCUAAGCUUGGUUCAACACUCCACUGACAGCCGUCAACAGUCCUUAUUUCCACCUGAAAAUCUUGCAUAGUGUAUUUUUCUAGAUCUUCCCUAAUUUAUGGAGCACUCUAAACUGUUCUUUGAGACUUUCUCACUUUCUAAAAAAAAUCCUUAAACAAAUUCCUUCUAAUAGGCAGUCAAUCUAUUUUCUUAAUAGUUAAUCCCUGCCUCCCUACUUAAACCAUGUUUUUCCUGUGUGUGUCAAUGCACCCUUAAGAUAUCUUAUUCUCUUAUUAUAACAGAUAUAAAAUUCAGUUUCCAGACCUCAUGUAUGCAGGUAGAUAUAUUAAAGGAACAUUCUUAGCAAUAUAACCACUGCCCACUUAACGUUGUUGUGAUUAUGCUAUCUAGAGACCCCUGGCACUGUUCCCUCCCCAGUGCUAAGGGCCAUAACCCUUCUGUGUUCAUUUCAUCCAACCUGGACUUUUUUGGUUGGUUGAGAGCGUUAGGGGCAGGUUAGCACGGUGCUCUCAGCCAAUUGGCAUUGGUAAUGUUUCCCUUUUUAUUACACCUGCCAAUAUUCUCUUCUGGAUACUUUUACAUUUUGUUUAAAGGGACACUAUAGUCACCCAGACCACUUCAGCUCAAUGAAGUGGUCUGGGUGCCAGGUCCCCCAGGUUAUAACCCUUCAGAUUCAUAGCAGGGUUAAUCCAACCUCUAGUGGCUGUCUUCCUGACAGCCGCUAGAGUCGCUUUUGCGACGCUGGAUGCGAAAAUCUCAUCCAGCUUGCAGAACGUCCAUAGGAAAACAUUGACAAAUGCUUUCCUAUGGACUGUUUGAAUGUGCAUGCGGUUUCGGCUCCACUCAGGAGCUGACAUCGGUGGGGGAGGAGAGGUCACCAGCGCCGAAAGAGCCCGGCACUGGAUAAAGUUAAAUGGCUGAAGGGGUUUUAACCCCUUCAGCCCAGCGGGAGGAGGAUCCUGAGGGUGGGGGGACCCUUAGGAUUGUAUAGUGUCAGGAAAACGGGUUCCUUUAAUGGGGGCCAAAAUGUUGCCACUGUUGCCAAAUAAAAUCUGCCUUUGGAUUUAACCCUUUCUAUGCCCAGACCGCUUUCAGUAGACUUGAUGGCAAUUCUGUGCAACUUCACCUACUGGGAAAAAAAACAACAACAAAAAAAUACCCUGACCUUUGCUUGAAUACAAAAAAAAUAACACAGAUAUUUCAGAAAAAAACAAUGUUAAAGUGAAAAAAAACAUUGUUUAAUUGAAAGCACCUUUUUGCUGUUUGAGUUUGCGAACAAAUCACAAAGAAGGUUGAAUUAUCUCUGUUCUACAGUUCAAAAUACUGUACCAGAUCAAUGCUCCUCUAAAUAACUACCUGUGGUCGAUUUUCAGCCUGGCUGCUGCAAUAUUACCCACGGUGCAAAGAGGAAUUCCAUGUUUCGUCUUUAAAGAUGAGCAGAUUUAUGAUGCCUUCACAAAGAAUUCCAGCCUUGCUGCUCCAACUGCUGCCUAUAAAGCUGACAGAUGAUUUAACAGGUUCUGCGCAGCACUUGGAUGCACAGAUGAGUUGUGAUAAUGAUAGACCCAUGAUUUGUCUCCAAAAUGCCGCACUGACUUCUUGCUAAUAAUUAAACCAGUCCCAAAGUGUUGUGUAAGGAAAAGUUUCAGCUAUAACUAUUACAGUCAUUCUCAUCGAACCCAAACCAAGAUACAAAUAUUUUAGCUACAGGUUUAAGAGUAACAGGAAAAGAUUUCAGCACUUAAUAAAUGUUCAUAUCAUGAGUUGCCUGUCACUGCAAUAAAUAUUUAAUCUCCUUUUCACAAAUAGGGUUGCCUGCACUCGAGGCACACAAAUAGAAAAAAUAGACCACACAUUAGUACAUUGCUACAAAUAUAAUGCAUUCACCUGCAACUGCACGAGAAUUAAACAAAUUUAUUUAACGGUUUGUUUGUUUGCUUUUUAAAACAAACACAAACAUAUCAAAAAUCAAUGAUGGCAGGCAGGAGAUGGCGAUGACCCCGCUAAAUUUACCUUGCCGUCUAAAGGAACUGGGAUUUAAUUAAAGGGGCACUCCAAGCACCAAUACCACUUCUACCCAUUGGAGUGGUCUGGGUGCCAACUCCCACUACCCUUAACCCUGCAACUGUAAAUAUUGCAGUUUUCAUAAACUGCAAUAUUUACCUUGCAGGGUUAACUCCUCCUCUAGUGGCUGUCUUUAGACAGCCACUAGAGGGCACUUCCGGGUUUAUAGCACACAUUUUUCAAUGCUUUCCAAUGGGGAGGUCUAAUGCACGUGCGUGGCAUUGGCGCGCAUGCACAUUAGGUCUCCCCCACUGGCGGCCGCGCAUGUGCAGUACGUCGCCCCGCCGGAUGACAUUGGCAGGGGAGGAGUGUGGGCACACCCUGAACCAGCGCCGAGGGACAUCGGCGCUGGAUACAGGUAAGUCACUGAAGGGGUUUUAACCCCUUCAGCAACUUGGGACUCUAAAGGAACUGGGAUUUAAUUAAAGGGGCACUCCAAGCACCAAGACCACUUCUACCCAUUGGAGUGGUCUGGGUGCCAACUCCCACUACCCUUAACCCUGCAACUGUAAAUAUUGCAGUUUUCAUAAACUGCAAUAUUUACUUUGCAGGGUUAACUCCUCCUCUAGUGGCUGUCUUUAGACAGCCACUAGAGGGCACUUCCGGGUUUAUAGCACACAUUUUUCAAUGCUUUCCAAUGGGGAGGUCUAAUGCGCGUGCGUGGCAUUGGCGCACAUGCACAUUAGGUCUCCCCCACUGGCGGCCGCGCAUGUGCAGUACGUCGCCCCGCCGAAUGACAUUGGCAGGGGAGGAGUGUGGGCGCACCCUGAACCAGUGCCGAGGGACAUCGGCGCUGGAUACAGUUAAGUCACUGAAGGGGUUUUAACCCCUUCAGCAACUUGGGAUGGGGGUGGGAGGGAGAGGGGACCUGCAGUGCCGGGAAAACGGUUUGUUUUCCUGGCACUGGAGAGUCCCUUUAAUAUGUAGUCUCAACACCUUGGCUAAAAAUGUGUAGAAAAAGUGUGUUUUUUUUGCUUCAGAUUACAACGUGUUACUUGCAUUCAUUCUCUUAAAACUCUAUUGGUGAAGAAUAUAUCUCUGCUGACUUUAUACAUGUAUAGGCCUCAAACUUAAUUUAUAUCUUAAAGAGACACUAUAGUCACAAAACAACUUUAGCUUAAUAAAGCAGUUUUGGUGUAUAGAUCAUGCCCCUAAAGUCUCACUGCUCAAUUAUCUGCCAUUUAGGAGUUAAAUUACAUUGUUUAUGCAGCCCUAGUCAUACCUGACAUAUGGGACUUACACAGCCUUCCUCAACACUUCCUGUUAAGAGUCAUCUCAAGUUUGAAAAUGAAACCAUUUGCUUUCAUGCAGUCUGUGUCAGUCACAGCCAGGGGAGGUGUGGCUAGUGCUGCAUAAACAGAAAAAAAGUGAUUUAACUCCUAAAUGGCAGUGAAUUGAGCAGUGAAACCUCAGAGGUCUGAUCAAAACACCAAAACUGCUUCAUUAAGCUAAAUGAAAGUAUUUAGAAAAUUGGGCAGACUAGAUGGGCCAAAUGGUUCUUAUCUGCCGUCACAUUCUAUGUUUCUAAAGUUGUGACUAUAGUGUCCCUUUAAGUACAUUUGGGUAGCACAAAAGAAAAAUAAAACUUUAUUACUGCAGUAUGCUACUGUGUAAUACUAGUUUGGCAGGUACAGUUUAAAUUUAAACAAAAAUUAGUGAAACAUAUUGAAAAAAUUCUAAGGAGCUGCACACAAUAUUGUGUUGCAAAGACUACUUGAAGAAUUCAGUUGAUUAUUAUGCAAUUACAAAUUAAAUGAUCCGCUAAUUUACACGGAUGCUAAACCAAUAGCAUAAUUGACAUCAUCAAGAGUGGAGACUUGUUCACCUCAUUAAUCAGCAGCAUAGUCCAUAAAAUAUUUAAAUAUUAAAUAAUUCUAAAACUGCAGCUAUAUUACAGCUUUGUACAUGGAGUUCUGGGAAAAAAGUGUGCGUUCAAUAGAAAGGGGCACUUUUUAAUUUGAUGCUCUUUGCAAAAGUGAGAUUCAACGGUUGAAUUUUGUAGGUAAUUACGAGUCAUUUAAAUGCACGCACACAUACAAAAAAAAGUAUUUUAUUGAUUUUUGAUUGGAUGAGGCUAAAAGAAAAUGCGUCCAAUAUACUCAUUAAAUCCCAACCCUUUUUACCCUCCUGCUAUCACAUCGUAAAGUUUAAUUCACAUGUCCCUAUACUCCAUCACCGGCUGCUGGUAAUUAGCAAGUAACAUUGCUGAGUUGUUUUUAAUUUGUUUUGUAGUUUCACAUUAAUAGGGCAUUAGAAUAGCAUUAAUGCACGGGUACAUUUGUUAUGGUUGUGUAAUGAGAUAUUUUUAAAACGAUUGCCACUGUUUACAUUUUGUUGUAGAAAAGUGCUUCUUCUUUUGGGUUUAAAAAUAGAUUCAUCAGUUUUACCAAGUGCUUACAACCCUUUUAUGCUACCAUGCGAACAGGAGUUUUGGGGAGUCUUUUGGGGGAAAAAGGCUGUCCAUUUGAGUUAAGAAGUAGAAGUUAAGAAGUAGAUUAGCACAAAAAAAACAUUAAAUGACAUCUGAAAAAAAAAAAAAAACAAACAUCAAAUUCUAAGGUUUUGAUGGCAUUUUUCUCGUAACAGUCACUAAGAUUUCUAUUAGAUCAUCGUGAUAAUCUCUGUCCAAACUAUAUGUAUCUCAUGUAGAAAUAUGUGGGAUACAGGGCACAUGAUUAAAAUGCACUACCAAUCCCAUGCUUCUCAUGGCAUAGCUGUGUGACAGGCUUAGGAAUAAUUUUAUAUAAUGAAUAAACCCAAAGCACACCAAGAAUAGUUGCACAUAGAAAAUAUUUUAUUCAUAUAAUGAAAUGCUAAAACUAUGCAUACAAUGUGCAAGUAUACAGUGCAGGCAUGCUGUGGAACAUACAUAUAACCACAUGAACCUCAAUACAUAAUAUAAACCCAUAUAUAAAUGUAACCACAGGCAUACUGACCUAGAGCAGGGGAUAAUAAGUACUCGACGUUUCAGCACACAGCCUUCAUCAUUUAUAUACCCGUAUAAGUGCUACAAUAGUAAGCCCUAGUGGAGAACAGGUGUGGGAAAGAUCAAGAGAGUUAAUUAAACCAAACUCCCUGCACCAGCCACUCAGGGUGGUUCCGUAUUCUUUAUGUUGCUUCUGACAUCAUCACAUCUGAGCGACAACUCGCGUCAUUGUGUGUACGUGACAUCACCGCUUUCGCCGUCUGACACGAUGGUUAAAACAAAUGGCCAAAAAUCUUUCUGAAAGAAAAGGGAGUAGACUGGACUGCAGCAGAUGGGGCUGCACAAGGUAAACACCCACCCAAUCAGCUCUAACGUCUUUACGUCCGCGCAAUGUUUUAGCUUCUCACGCGUAUGUGACAUCACUGCGCUCACUGUCCGACACAACAGGCUGCACAGGAGGAAUAAAUAAAACCUUCCCUUUCGGUCUGAACAAAGGGACUGCAUUUGUGCACCAAAACCACAUUCAGGUCUUAAAGUGUACUUUUAAUUAAAACUUAUAUAGUAAACUCAUUGUACAUUGUUGCAAUAUAUACCGGCACUAUAUAAUAAGAAUACAUAAUGUUGCUGGGAAAUCUGAUUCUUACAGAUUUGCACUGGAAAAGCACAUGCUUUUACCAUGGGAAUCUGUCAUUCUAUCCACUGUCUUACAUUAAAAAUCCAAGCAAUCAAUCAUAACAAAAUAAGCAUUUACAAUUCUACGAGGAGUAUACAGAAUAAAGAGUAUAUCAAAUGUACAAUUUGAUUUGAAAACCUGCAGAGAGUAAAUUUCCCUUAUUUUCAGUAGAAUAUGUAUUUUCCAUUAAUCAUAAUAUUCUACCAGUGCAAUAUACAACCCCUUUUACAUUUACAAAGUAAAUGCUCAUCGUUUUAAAAGUAAUGUGCUUUCUUCUUGUAGAUAAACAUUGAAUCAGCACAGCAUUCUACCAAAAGAAUAUACAUAUUUUGCUUGUGCAUUGUGCAUUGAGAAACUGCAUUCUAUUUACCCGUGGACAUUGAACAAAGCACAACAUUCUAACAGGAUAAUGUACAUUCUCUUUAGACGUUACAUUGAGAAAGCACAAGAAUGAACAAUAACCUCUUAAUGUGCAUUCACCUUAUAGACGCAAUAGGCUUACAUUGAGCAAGCGCAAGAUUCAGCUUAAUUUCUAAGCCAUUGACUUUCAUUGCAUUCAGCAAAAUGAAUAUCAAAUGCUUGCCAAAAAAAUACAGUGAUCGUUUGCUGAAGAAAUUCAGCAAACAUUUGUUUAUUUUGGCAAUUGAAACAAGAUAAUUCGCCCAGUGCUAAUAAAAAGGAUGUUAGGGUUAUAUUUGGUGCAGCAGAAAACUACACCUUCUAUUCACCUAUCAAUGGGACACUAUAGUGUCCCUUUAACUAUUGGUCCUGUAUAUGUCUGUAUUAAUCAUUGGGCAGAUUAGAGAAAUGUACAUAUUUGAUGCGACAUGUUUGUAGAAGCGCAUGUGGCAUUCAUAGGUAUGUCAAGGAUACUUCUGCUGGGCUUUAUAGCAUUUAUAGUCAGUAUGUUGCUGUUUCCUCUAUGUUUUCCAUAUCAUUUGUAAUGGGCAACAUAUGGGAAGUGCUUUCCUGUAUUCUGUAAGUCAAAUGCUGCAGGUAGUAAAUCAUAUGAUACAUCAGGCAAGGAAUCCUGCAGCAUAUAAAUUCUACAUACUGCAGGGCAGUUUUUUCAGGUGCUGCUAAUCAACUUGCUGAAUUUCGGUUUUUAGAAUAUGACAACUGUAACGAUUUGUGGGCUAUGCGUUAUGUAACCUUGCUAUUAUUUGUGUUUAUACAAGCUUUUGUAUUACUUUCAUAUUUGUGUUCCUUUGUAUGUACUGUCUCUGAAAUGCUAAAUUCAGUAAAAAGAGAUUGACAAAAAUAAAAAGAAACUGACAAUUAUAGAAUUCUCUGUCCGAAGAAGAGUUUUUUUUUCAGAGUCCGUACAGACGUUUAAACAGCAACUAGAUGCAUACUUGCAAAAACAGACUAUUUAAUGAUAUAAUGUUUCAAUGUAGGGUAAUUUUUCUUGAUCCAAGGAUUAAUCUGGCUGCCAUUCUGGGGUCAAGAGGGAAUUUUUUCCCCCUGGUUUGUUGCAAAAAUUGAAAGUGCUUCAAACUGGGUGUUUUUGCCUUCUUUUGAAUCAACCGCAAAAAACAAAUGUGAGAAAGGCUGAACUUGAUGGACACAUGUCUCUUUUCAGCCUAUGUAACUACCCAAAUUCUAAAACUGCACAAGUUUGAAUCCCAUCAUACACACAGUGCAGUUUCAGUGCUUUGGAACAAGCACCUUGCAUUUUACUCUGUCUGUCUGUCUAAUGCAUAAACAAGACAAGCCCCAUUCUUACCUAUUUUAGCUAUUAAAAACAAAACAAAAUAUCCUUGCAUUUUUCUUUUUAUUGUAUUUUUUUAUAUACAAAAUAUACUUUUUUAACCCCUUAAGGACCAAACUUCUGGAAAAAAAGGGAAUUAUGACAUGUCACACAUGUCAUGUGUCCUUAACCCCUUAAGGACACGUGACAUGUCAUGAUUCCCUUUUAUUCCAGAAGUUUGGUCCUUAAGGGGUUAAAUAAAUAUUGAAUCUAUUUUUGAGGAAUUUGUCUAGAAAAAUGUAUAUCAAAAUUGUUGGGAAUUUCAGUUACCCUGGUUAUAUUUGAAUGGCUGGUGUGGGUAAAAAAAAUAAGGAAUUAAAUUUGUGAGCAGGCUAAACUUAGCCAGAAUCCUCCAUAAUUACAUACAUCAUAGCUAGCCUUGACAAUGUGUUUAUUUUCAUAUUCAUUCACAAAGCAUCUUGUUACAUGAUAGUUUCAUACACAGCGGGCUACUUAACCUGAUUCGUAUUGAUCUCAAUUGCUCUCAGUUAUGCAUACUUAAUUCAGAGAGGUAAUCAAAUUGAUUUCUAAAGCCUACUAGCAGAGAUCAUAACAGCAUUGGAAUCCGCGUGGCUUCUUUAUCUAUAUUAUACGAGUCAAAUAUCCUUCUAGGAACAAUCAUCUUAAAUGGACAUCUCAAUUAUCAUCACACAUGACUUCAGGAAAUAUUAUUUUUGCUAAUCAACAUCUAUGUUUUUCCCAUUUUUAUUUUCAGUAAAAAAAUUAAGUAUGCAUUCAAUUUCCUCUGUUACUAAGCAUUAAUGAAAAAAAAAGUAUUUUACAGGAACAAACAUUUAAAAAAAUAUAACUUCUAAUAAAUCAAAAGAAAACUAGCACUAAUAUAUAAUCUGAAAAAUGUAACAUAAAAUAAGGAAAUAACUCUCAUUUUCUUUAAUAAUUGCCAGAGGAAAAGUUUGAAUAUGUUUGUUUCUAACCAUGCAAGUUUCUGAAUAUUGUGUUUUGUACGUACGAGUGGUUCGGGAGAAUGUUGUCACUAUUUUAACUAAUUUUAUGAAGUUGAUGCUCAGAAAAAUACUAUUAUAACAUGCGCAACUUUGGCCACAAAUAGUCCAGGAUACAAAGAUUAUUUUCAGUCACGAGCUUGUAUGUCAGUCUGAAUGAAUGUAUGUCUGUAUGCCAUUAUGAAUUUAUGUGUGUAUGGAUGUCAGUGUCUGUGUAUGUAUAUAUAUAUAUAUAUAUAUAUAUAUAUAUAUAUUUAUGUAUGUAUGCCAGUAUGAAUGUGUGUAUGUCUGUAUGUCAUUUUGAAUGUAUGUCUGUGUGUAUGUAUGUAUGUGUGUCUGUAUGUCUGUGUCUGUAUGUAUGUGUCUUUAUGUCCUCAUGCAUGUGUGUCUGUAUGUAUGUUAGUAUGUGUCUGUCUGUCACUAUGUAUGCCUGUGUGUCUGUAUAUGUGUGUAUGUCUCAGUAUGUGUGUGUCAGUUUGUAUGCCUGUAUGUGUGUAUAUCUGUUUCAGUAUGUGUGUCUGUUAGUAUGUAUCUGUGUCCUUUUGUAUCAGUGUGUGUGUUUGUGUCUGUGUGUAUUCCUGUGGGCAGUAUUUGGAGGUGGACCCUACGGGCGGGAUUGGAAUCGGGCCCCAGGGGGCCCAGACCCUGAGCUGAGUUAGGGGCCCCAAAAUUUCUGGUGGCGGCCCUGCUUGGGCAUGUGCGUUUGCCAGUGACAGAAGUGUAUUGGUGGGAUUACUGACAAUUAGUGAGUAUGCUGAAUUAGGACAUAGAUUUCCAAUUACCUGCACAGAACACUGGGAAGUAUAUGACGCUUUUUGCAGAGCUCUCUUUUGACAACAAGUGAAUUCAGAGCUGCAUUUUUGGAGAGUUUGCUCUGGUGCCUGUCCCAGAAAAGUGGGAUACUUGAAUAAAAUCUAGUUGUACCUAGGAGACUAUAAUAUCAGAUCUAGUGCAAUGGAAGAGUUAUUACUAUUAUCUGAUCUGCUUUUGAAAUGGAUUAACGGACAAAUUAGCUUUACUAAUGUUAUAAAUCCAGCUCUGCAACUUUUGUCAACAUUUAUUGCAAUAGAUUUAUAAAGCACCGUCAGAACUUUAAAUAUUCAGCUAAUCUCCACACUCUAGCCAAUGCACAUCUUAUUUGCUGUUUGACGAUGGUACACUAGAUGUGUAUGUCUAUCACAUUAAUUUUAGCGUUUAGCGUUAAAAUAUAGAAUACAAGGCCAAAUUUAGAAUUUUUGUCAAAAAAAAAAUAGGAUUUAAAGUAAAGUGGCAAACAUUAGAAAAUUAAUUAUUUUUAAAAUUAAAAUUGCUACUUUAUAAAAAUGUUGUAAUGACCGAUCUAUGUCAAUUUCAGUCCAAGAUGUUUGUUCACUAAACUCUGAAUUGUAGUAAAGUGAACUAGGAGUGUCAAAAAUAUCUGAUACCAGUUAUAGUCACAUCUAUUUUAGCCUAGAUUCAGUCAUUCAGACUUCAGUUUGCUACAAAUUGAGGUUUUGUUAAUAAACUUAUUAAACCCCUCUCUCUAGUUUUGCAUUAUAAUGCAACAGAAUUUGGGAAUUAUGGAUUAAUAGCAGAUAAUAUUAAAGAGAAUAAUUAUAUAAACAUAGAAUGUGACGGCAGAUAAGAACCAUUCGGCCAUCUAGUCUGCCUAAUUUUUUAAAUACUUUCAUUAUUCCCUGGCCAUAUCUUAUAGUUAGGAUAGCCUUAUGCAUAUCCCACGCAUGCUUAAACUCCUUUUCUGUGUUAACCUCUACCAUUUCAGCUGGAAGGCUAUUCCAUGCAUCCACUACUCUCUCAGUAAAGUAAUACUUUCUGAUAUUAUUUUUAAACCUUUGCCCCUCUAAUUUAAGACUAUGUCCUCUUGUUGUGGUAGUUUUUCUUCUUUUAAAUAUAGUCUCCUCCUUUACUGUGUUGAUUCCCUUUAUUCAUAUAAAUGUUUCUAUUAUCAGUUUAUCGUUAUUAUUUAUUUAUUUUAAACCUUUUUAAGUAAGUAAUUCUCCUAGAAGAUUGUUUAAAGAGGCAUGCAAGAUGUUUGGUUGAUGUGAUCACUACUGUGGUGAUAGCCAACAUUGGUACUGCAGAUGUUUGUGAGCUUAAUGGAGUCCACAAAUCUCUGCGGUGCCAAGAUUAGCAAUCACCGCUCUAGUGCCUCCAAUAUGUUAUAAUCUAAACAUUAACUGAAAGUGUUUAUCUGUUUGUAAUAUUUAUUUAUUUUUGUAAAAUCUGCUAAUAAAAACGUAAUUUUGCAAAUAUUUUAUUUUAUUUUGUUUACUGAUGAUUUUGAUUUAUGCCAUCCGCACACAUUUAAUAUAUAAAAAGUGUGUGUAUGCAUUUGUGUAUGUCUGAGUGUAUAUGAACAUAAUGGAGUGGGCUGCACUCACAAUUUGAGUAGAUUAUGUCUCGGUGCUAAACUGUAAGAAGUUUAAUAAAGAGUAAUCCAAAAAAACUUUUUUUUAGUUUUUAUAAAACACGGUUAAAACGGCAGUAGUCCUUUUGAUCUUUGGACCUUUAUCAAGACUUUCUGAUGAAGGUCCCAGGAUUGGCCAAAUAUACUAACUCAAGAUGAACACUGUAAACAUUUGUUAUGUUAAAGAUAGGAUAGAAAAGCAUGUUAAAUAUUAAGGAAAAUGGGAAGCCAUGCAUUUUUUAAUUAUAUUUUUUUUCUUUUCAUAUUUACACUUGAUGUUACUACGCAGCUCCUGAAUUCGCCGGUAUCUUGCAGUCCUGUAAGUGUUUAAUCUUAUAAUAUCAGGCUAUUCAACUGGGAUGUGGGGACUCACUAGUAUUUCUCUUAGAAAAUGGCAUUUCAUUCAAACUGCUUUCCAUUAGAAUACCUAUCCAUCUACAUAUGUCCAUAUAUAUAAUUGCAAGAAAAAGUAUGUGAACCCUUUGGAAUGAUAUGGAUUUCUGCACAAAUUGGUCAUAAAAUGUGAUCUUAUCAUCUAAGUCACAACAAUAGACAAUCACAGUCUGCUUAAACUAAUAACACACAAAGAAUGAAAUGUUGCCAUGUUUUUAUUGAACACACCAUGUAAAUAUUCACAGUGCAGGUGGAAAAAGUAUGUGAACCCCUAGACUAAUGACAUCUCCAACAGCUAAUUGGAGUGAGAUGUCAGCCAACUGGAGUCCAAUUAAUGAGAUGAGAUUGGAGGUGUUGGUUACAGCUGUCCUGCCCUAUAAAAAACACACACCAGUUCUGGGUUUGCUUUUUACAAGAAGCAUUGCCUGAUGUGAAUGAUGCCUCGCACAAAAGAGCUCUCUGAAGACCUUCGAUUAAGAAUUGUUGACUUGCAUAAAGCUGCAAAGGGUUAUAAAAGUAUCUCCAAAAGCCUUGCUGUUCAUCAGUCCACGGUAAGACAAAUUGUCUAUAAAUGGAGAAAGUUCAGCACUGCUGCUACUCUCCCUAGGAGUGGCCGUCCUGUAAAGAUGACUGCAAGAGCACAGCGCAGACUGCUCAAUGAGGUGAAGAAGAAUCCUAGAGUGUCAGCUAAAGACUUACAAAAGUCACUGGCAAAUGCUAACAUCCCUGUUAGCGAAUCUACAAUACGUAAAACACUAAACAAGAAUGGAUUUCAUGGGAGGAUACCACAGAGGAAGCCACUGCUGUCCAAACAAAACAUUGCUGCACGUUUACAGUUUGCACUAGAGCACCUGGAUGUUCCACAGCAGUACUGGCAAAAUAUUCUGUGGACAGAUGCAACCAAAGUUGAGUUGUUUGGAAGAAACACACAACACUAUGUGUGGCGAAAAAAAGGCACAGCACACCAACAUCAAAAUCUCAUCCCAACUGUGAAGUAUGGUGGUUGGGGCAUCAUGGCUUGGGGCUGCUUUGCUGCGUCAGGGCCUGGACGGAUUGCUAUCAUCGAAGGAAAACUGAAUUCCCAAGUUUAUCAAGACAUUUUGCAGGAGAACUUAAGGCCAUCUGCCUACCAGCUGAAGCUCAACAGAAGAUGCAACAGGACUAUGACCCAAAGCAUAGAAGUAAAUCAACAACAGAAUGGCUUAAACAGAAGAAAAUACGCCUUCUGAAGUGGCCCAGUCAGAGUCCUGACCUCAACCCGAUUGAGAUGCUGUGGCAUGACCUCAAGAAAGCGAUUCACACCAGACAUACCAAGAAUAUUGCUGAACUGAAACAGUUCUGUAAAGAGGAAUGGUCAAGAAUUACUCCUGACCGUUGUGCACGUCUGAUCUGCAACUACUGGAAACGUUUGGUUGAAGUUAUUGCUGCCAGAAGAAGGUUCAACCAGUUAUUAAAUCCAAGGGUUCACAUACUUUUUCCACCUGCACUGUGAAUGUUUACAUAGUGUGUUCAAUAAAAACAUGGCAACAUUUCAUUCUUUGUGUGUUAUUAGUUUAAGCAGACUGUGAUUGUCUAUUGUUGUGACUUAGAUGAUUAUCAGAUCACAUUUUAUGACCAAUUUGUGCAGAAAUCCAUAUCAUUCCAAAGGGUUCACAUACUUUUUCUUGCAACUGUAUACACAUAAUCAAAACCACACAUUAUAUUUUUUAUUUACUGUACUUUUGAUCAUCUUCUGUGAUAUUAAACAUAUUGAGAAAUAUGACUCCUCUUGAAAAUAGUAGACAUUGCUUAAAUCCAUUCAACUACAUACAAACUGUUAUAAUGUAAGGACAUAUUUUUAAUUUGUGCUAGAAUGUGAUGUCGUGUUUGAUAUGUAGUGCGUUUGUUUGUCUAACUAGCUGCGUAUUCAUUGUAAUUACUUAGUGAUAAGAAUUAUUUUUAACAGUUUAUUCCUAAAAGUGGUGGAAAAAAAAGGCAAAAUAAACAGUUGGCUUGGAGAAUUUAUCUAAAUAGACUAUUUGGGCCUAAAUUUUCCAGUUCACCUUCAUUCACUUUGAAUCGCCACCAAUUCUUACUUUAGUGAAUGAUACUGUAAUUCUGUCAUCAGAAAGAAUACAUUGAUAUUGUAUUAAGUCUUGAGCUAUCGAUGCUAUUAUUACCAAACUGAACAAAGCUCAUUUCAUAUAUCUCAUCAGGAUCAAAGGUUGAGUUUAAAAGUAAAAAAAAAAAAAAGUCAAAUAUAAAGAAUUAAAAAAGGGGGUAUUCCAAGCACCAUGACCACUCAGUGAUUUGAAGUGGUCAUGGGUCUCAGCGUUUGCAUGUUUCACCAAGAAACCCUAUACAAACAGUGAUAUUAAAUUUCUCAUUGACAUCUAGGAAAGAUAGUUCCAGGUUGCUAGUGUGAAUUCUGUUCUUAAACGGCAUCUGUUGUCUGGACACAUAGCAUGCUGGUGACAGACUUCUAUGUGCGGAACAGUCACCAAUCCCCUGUUUUUGGGAAGGGAGGGGAGAGGUACACUAAAUAUUCUUGAAAACAAACAAAUCGGACUGGCAUGUAUAUUUUGUGCAUUUAACACUUAAUAAAAAAAAAAAAGAUUUGCUUAAAAAAAAAUGAAAUAAAUUCAGUAAACUGUAGAUUUGUGUAGAAAUUGCUUCUUUUUUCAAAACGGUAAAUAUACAGAAUAUCGGUAUCGGUUUAUCGGCUCUCAGCCUAAAAGUCUAAAAAUAUCAAUAUCGGUCGAUCCCUAGAUAGGAGCCAUUUGCUUUCUAGGUAGACCUCAUGUGUGAAUUUAUACAGUCAUAUUAUCUCAAGUAGAAAAGAUAUGUGUCAAUAAUUGUAAUAAUUAUAAUUAUAUAAUUCAUAGGAUUAUUGAUGUUCCUUUCUCGUUUUAUACUUUUUUCCCCCCUAAAAUUACUUAAGAUAAUUAUUUCUCUAUUUUUUUAUCAUAUUCAAUUCAGAGCCAAAUUGUUGCAUUAUUGCUAAAAUAAUUGAUGUGACCAAAUCAGAUAUUUUACCCAGCUCUGGUAAUUUAGCAUGCAUUUAUCAAAUUGGUUCUCAGGUUGCCAAAUCUUAUUAUUUAAUUAAUUAAUUAAUUUGACUAUUUGUCUCAAAGAGACUGGACUUUCCAUAAAUAUAUCAUGUGUGGUUCUGUUUGAAGACUACCUAUGUCAAUGGGGAUAAAGAGACAGGAAUACACAUUACUGCUUUCCAGAUUAUUAGAUAUCUCUGACACCACUGCAUUGUUGUAUUUGUUUUUAAUUGUUUUCACAGUCUAUACCUAUUGCAGGAAUAUUUUUUUAGCUAUUUUCUUUUCAAACUAAAAGUAGACUACCACUCAGACAACUUUGAGAUAACAUUCUGUGCAGUAAAGGUGCUAGUUGGUAUGUGUAUAUAAACUCAAAUGAAAAAUAUAAUCUGAUAACACAUUUUUUUCUAUAAUGUGUUGUAUCCAGGAAUCCUGAAAAUUCAGACAUGCCGCAUAUUACUUGGUUAAAAGAACCCUGUAGGCACCCAGCCUACAUCAUCUCAACAAAGUGGUCUAGGUGCCAUGUGCUCCCUGUAUUAACUCUGCAGCUGAAACCAUUACAUUCUGCAGGAACAGCAAUUUUUACUGCUUUUCCUUUUGUUGUUGUUGUAGGAUUAACCUGCCUCCAGUGACUGUCAUACUGACAUGUUUGUAUUCCUAACACUAUAGUAUUCCUUUAAAUGUAGUGCUUUGUAAUAUAGCUUGGUUAAAUAGUGUGAUCUUUUUUAUUAGUUUGGCUAAAUGUACUUAUAUCUUGUAGUAUGGUUGCAUUUUUACAUCUUUUUAGUUGGGGAAAAAACAUGUACAGCAUUGCUCUGUGAUACACUGAGAGCUCCAACAGCAGUGGCGUGCUUUACUGCAUUGAGUACAUGCAGCCCGUGUAAAUAUACUGAGGUCACUAUUUCAGAGGGCUCUGUAUGCUUUUAUGAAUCGGCAUCUAUGAAGUGGCAUUAUUUCUUAUUGUCCUGCAGAUUUGUCACAUUGUUGGUUACUUUUAAAUUAUUUAAACCAGAUCUGUCAAUUUCGGGAGUCUUUGCAUAUUUAUUUUUUUAUUAUUAUUAUGUUAUUAUUUAUAUAGCGACAACAAAUUCCGCAGCGCUUUACAAUGGGUGGAUGAACAAACAUGUAGUUGUAACCAGACAAGUUGGACACACAGGAACAGAGGGGUUGAGGGCCCUGCUCAAUGAGCUUACAUGCUAGAGGGAGUGGGGUAAAGUGACACAAAAGGUAAGGAUCGUAUUAGACUAAUUUCACAAAGACCCCCGAAAAUGACAAUGGGGAAGUGGGAUUUACUUACCUUCAGCUGUCUCUCGCAGCCAUUUCCAUGCCUCAGGUCUGUUCGGGUUCAGGCACUUCCGCUGCCAAGAGCCACGUCAGUGCUGUACUCUCACACAUGCACAAGAGUACAAAACUGAGGUCUAUGAAAGAACCUGUGAGACUACAGGUCCCUCCUUAGACAAAGCCUGGAUUCCACAGGAGCACCUCCUUUUGUCAAGUUUAGUCAACCUAUAAGACAAAGUAGUGUCUACUUUGUCUUAUAUCAUCUUUGGAUUGAGUUGAAAUUUCAGUGAAAUUCCAACACAGUCUUAAUCAGUAUUUCAUGCAGAAUAUAUCUUUAUGAAAUACUGAAAAGUGACGAAUCCGCUUUAAUACAGUACACUUAUUUCUUAUUGUCAUGGUUUUGUGUAUUUCCAAAGUGUUGUGUGUCGCCAUUUAUGAGGGACAGUCUCUAUUUUUGGCUCCAAUGCCUCUGUCUGUUUAUUUUUUUCGAAGCUCUGCAUUUUUGGUGUGUCUGCGUGUGUAACAGAGCUUCACAGCAGUAAUACUCACAGUAAUGUGUCUUUAAACUACAAUAAACAUGUUUAGAAAUAAGUCUGUGUAAAUGAUACAUUUUUUUGUUCUAAAUUACGUUUUAGUUGCGUAAAUUAUUAGUAAGUCACCUAAAAUUUCUCAGAACGGCCCUGCCUCUGAUCACACCCACACUCACUUCAUUAACAUAUUGAGAGGUAUGAAUAAUGCAUACUUUUUUUACUGAUUGAUAUUCAGUUUUAGAUAUUCUAUUUUCAUCAUUCCUCCCGUUAGCCUAAUAUAUAAAUAUACAAAGGAUAAAAUAAUUUAAGAAGGAUUUUAUGUUGCUAUGCAACACACCUGUCCUUGUCAUGUUGUCGCAUGAUUAUAGACUCCAAAUAAUUAGCCCCUAUGAAAAUAUUUGGCAUGAUCAAAAAAGUACUUGUAUUAUUCAUGCAUUAAAAGGUUAAGAAAAUAAUAUUCCUAGUUCUAGUAUGAAUUUUAAAAGUAAAUAAUGUGCAUCUGAUUUAUUUGUGAAUGGUGUUGAUGAUGAUCUAUAUGAAUCUUCAGUUGUGAGAAGACAGCUCUUAAAGAGAUACUGUAGUGCCAGGAAUGCAAAGCUGUAUUCCUGGCACUACCGCCCCUGACAGCCACUGAGGACAGACUUAGAGCUGCAAAGUAAACAUUGCAGUUUCUUUGGAACUGCAGUGUUUUACAUUGCCACAUCAAGUGCAAAAGGGACAGUGCAUCCAGACCACUUCAAUUAGCUAAAGUGGUCUGGGUGCCUACAUUGUCCCUUUAAAGAAGAAAUGUUGGAGAUCCACGAGAUAUGUCCCGCCGACAGAGCUGGUAGAGACUAAUGCAACGGAUAAUGUCAAAAAAGCUUAAAAUAGACACACUUUUGACCCGUCUUGCUUUUAACUGUUGUCACAAUCUUUCUUUUUUUGAAGGGAAAUUAUGGGCACCAAAACCACCACAUACAAAUUGAUCAUAUGGCUUGUCCUUGAAGGCUGAGCAGUGUAAAUGCUUUGUUUUCUAAGAAAAGGCAUUGUUUACAUUUCUGCCUAAAGCCACCCUUAUUGGCUGUCACUCAGACAGCUACUAAAGGGACUUAUUUUGUUCAGUCCUGCAAAGAUUACAGGACUGAUGUUCACCAAGCAUGGGAAGCUGAAUGUUCCCAUAGAGAUGCAUUGACUCAAUGCAUCUCUAUGAGGAGAUGCUGACUGGUACUGUGGAUUUACACUAUCCACCCAGUGCUCCGUCUAGGAAGGCAUAGGAUUGGCUGGGAUUAUAUGGGUUGGUGACCUUAGCUGGGGAGUGGGGUAACCACUUAAAGACCAGUGCAUUAGGGGACUAAGAGCAAAUUAAACACUUUUUUAAUGCACACAGGGUUCCCCAAUAUUCUAAAUAGUUUUCAGAACACAAUGUUUGUAUUUCUGAUGCUAUAGUGUUCCUUUAAAUACUCAAAAAAAUAUAAAAGUGCACUUAUAUACCGUAGUGCAAACUUGUCCCUUUAUAAGGUGUGUGCCAUCUUAAAAGCACACAGUUCUGGUUCUAUUUUACUUGAUUCAUAUUUUUUAUUUCACAUGUCAUUUUAUUUAUUAUAUAUAUAUAUAGUUAUAUGCCUGAUACCCUCAACCAGUAUUGGCAUCUUCUAUACACAUAAUUUGUUUUGUACAAUUAUCUUUUGAAAGGGUGCAAGUCAGGGUAAUUAUUGCAUACUGAGCAAUAGGAUUGGCUGCAAUAUCCCAGCCACUUCCUGAUUUAAGAGAGACGUAUAGAACAGGGGCUGGGGAGCUGUUCCAAAACUGUAAUAAUAAAGUAUUUAUCAUUAUGAUUUCACUCUAUUUUAAAUCAAUGUCUAGCUGAUAUAUUCCAAAUAAUGAAUGUUAAUACCCACGCAGGUCUUAUAAUAGUUACUCAGUACAGUGUUCUGCCUGUUGAAUGUCUUUUAUUUCUGCAAUGUUAUAAAUGAUCCAGGAGGUGGCCCCUAAUUCUGGUUAUACAUUUUACAAUUCCUGUUAUGUUUUUAGCAUAACUAUGUUCUUUAUACUGUGUAUUAUGACUGUGUUAACAGAGUUAUACAUUAUUAAUGGUUGCUUUUUUUUUCUUUUCUUUUUUUUGUCAAAGCUUGUAAACGCAAGGAACAAGAACCUAACAAAGACAGAAAUAACAGUCAGAAGAAAUCCCGCCUAGUUUUCACAGACCUCCAACGUAGAACGCUAUUUGCAAUCUUCAAAGAGAACAAGCGCCCAUCCAAAGAAAUGCAGAUUACCAUCUCCCAGCAAUUGGGCUUGGAAAUCACCACUGUCAGUAACUUCUUCAUGAAUGCCAGGAGGCGAAGCCUGGAGAAGUGGCAGGACGAUUUAAGUACGGGGGGAAGCUCCUCAAACUCCAGCACUUGUACCAAAGCAUGAGGGCAAACAAAGGAUUCUAAGUGGGGCACAACUCAACUGUAACCAAAAAAAAG